UGUCCUCACCUCAGGAAACAGAGUUCCAGCCUGUCCAGCUCUCCUCAGCAGGGGGCCAGGGUCCUCACUUUAUAAACAUUCCCAGCCUGUAAGAGUAGAGGGCACUGCCAUGGUAUGAGACUGGAGCCCAGGGAGAGAGAAACUCAGGAGUCAAGGAGCAAGGCAAGAAGAGCAAGGGCAUAAGACCAGAGGGAUCUGAGCAGAAGCCAGGAGGGGUCUGAGAGAGCUGAGCUUUCGAGAAUGGCUCUAAGGAUGAUGCUCUGGGCUGGCCAGGCCAAGGGGAUCUUGGGAGGCUGGAGGAUCAUCUGCUUGGUGGUGUCUCUGUUCCUGCAGCACCCAGGAGUCAACAGCAAGUGUUACUUCCAAGCUCAAGCCCCCUGCCACUACGAGGGGAAAUACUUCACGCUGGGUGAAUCUUGGCUCCGAAAGGACUGUUUCCAUUGUACCUGUCUGCAUCCUGUUGGUGUGGGCUGCUGUGACACGUCUCAGCAUCCCAUUGACUUUCCUGCUGGCUGUGAAGUGCUACAGGAGGCAGGAACCUGUCAAUUUUCCCUGGUGCAAAAAGCUGACCCUCGACUGCCCUGCAAAGGGGGAGGACCCGACUUAGAAUGGGGUUCAGCUAACACCCCCGUUCCUGGGGCUCCUGCCCCUCACUCCAGCUAA